GUGGCAAUUUCCCAAUAUUUUUCCACUGCUGUUCUACAUGUUCGCCGCCGCACUGUUUUGACGUCAACCGUUGUCCACUGUACUCCUUCGCCGUCCAUAGCUUUUUAUUGCUCUCUGCCAUAUACCCAUUAAGUCUUCAUUACUUGGGAAUUCAGAUUAACAAGCAUACACAAUGAGCAAAGUCAUUUAUAUCCCGGAUAAGCUGCCAACUCCACCGGAUCAACAACCCACUGUUAAUGUCUUUGCUGCUGUGGUUGAGCCCAAGUUAAUCAACAAUCUUGUGAGGCGCUUAAAUCAGAUAGCACCAUUAGAAAAGCUUCGCCAUGUGAAAAGAGUUCAGAAGAAGCAACUUGAAGAUGGAAAGACUCAAAUAGCAUUGAUCCUAUGUCUUGCAAGUGAAAACAAUUGCAAUUUGGAUGUUUUGUCUCCAUGUGUACAAGAGCUUGUGACGUCAUACAAGUUGAGUACCUUUAUCACAAAGGUUUGUAAGGAAGCAGCAACAACAAAAGAAGAAUGGGAAGAGCAGUGCAAGCUUUGGCCAACAUCAUAUCAUCCACCCACAUACAAUAUUGAUGGUAUCACCGGCUUUAAUGAAGUGGACACACAAUCAAUUUUUGGCUUCAUGCGAUUAGCAAUAGAAUUAGCACAGUCGUCUAAUAAAUCGGUAGUAAAUGCUGCAGUGAUUGUUGAUCCUUCAGUUAAGCAAGUAAUAGCAAGUGCUUGUGAUCAUCAUAUUUCCUCCAAGAAUGCUUCGACAAGCAAUGUGAACGGAGAAACAAUCUUUAAAAAAUGCCUAAAAUCUAUUGGUUGUCAUUUCGAUUCCAAUGGAUCCAUCAUCCAUGGAACUUUGCCCUCAAGUUCCUUGUUGAAAACACUGAAACAAUCAUGUUCAGAUGUUUCGUGUUUGUAUCCCUUGCGAUGGGUUGACCUACCAUUACUACAUUCAUCAAAUUCUUGUUGUUGGCACCCUUUAAGGCAUGCUGCUAUUGCAGCUAUUGAAUCUUCUGCUGCUCGAGAUCGUCAUCUAUUCCCAACUCUUAAAACCAUGGAUGAUAAGUCAGUUGAAAUGGAGCAUAUGGGGCCUCUGACCAAACUAGCAAAAAGACAGAAGAUUGAUCUUGAAAAUGCCAAAAGAAAGGAGGAGAAAGUAGGUAUUGAUGCUGAAGGCACAUAUUCUAAAUCAGACCGACCUUAUCUGUGCACUGGUUAUGACAUUUAUCUUGUGUGGGAGCCAUGUAUUAUGUGUGCAAUGGCACUGGUUCAUCAACGAGUUAGGCGCAUAUUUUAUGCGUUCCCAAAUCCUAGCCAUGGGGCAUUAGGCAGUGUUCACAGACUACAGGGUGAAAGAAGUUUAAACCAUCACUAUGCUGUUUUUAGAGUUUUGUUUCAUGAAGAUGAACUUUAAUGGGCAGUGUUCACUGGUUCUAGGAUUCCUCAGUUUAAGUGUAGGUGAAUCUGGGGAUAUGACUAAUUCAGAUAUGGUUGUAUUUUAUUAUUGAUCUUUUAUUAUGGGGGUAAAUCAGGCUUCUAAUUAAGUGUAGAUGAGUUGGGAGCAAUAUUGUAACUUCUAUUCGAAUUAUUAAAGUUCCGUUUGGCAA